AUGGACCCCAACAACCGUCUGUACCUCAACUUUGGGAACAACAACGACCGACUCGCUGCCUCGGAUCGAACCUAUCCCACGACGCCCUCGACCUUUCCUCAGCCCGUCUUCCCGAACCAGCAGUCGGGCUCUGCCCAGCAGCAACAGCCGUCCGGCCAGCCAUACCAAGGGGGAUAUCCCAACGCCAACUACUUCAUGCAGAACCAGGGCCAGAGUCAGAACCAGUACCCGGCGCAGUACGCCCCGCCCCAGGGCCAGGACUACGGCCAGGGCCAGCAAUACCAGGGCCGAUCCAGCACUCCGGGCACCAAUGAUCCCAAUGUUGGUCUUGCUCACCAGUUCUCCCACCAGAACCUGGGAGGCGCCGCCCGCGCUGCCUCUUACGGUGCGAGAGGUCCUUCGCCCGCCCAGCGACCGCGAACGGCUGGCUCGUCGGCUCACCAACAGCAGCAGGCCAGCUACAACAGCUACCUGAACGCCCCGAUGCCGUCCCAAACUCCGCGCCAGCCCGACUUCCAACCGGCACCCGAGCGAAACCCCGAGAAGUACGGCACCAACGCCAAUAACAACCAGAAGAAGUGUUCUCAGCUGGCCGCUGAUUUCUUCAAGGACAGCGUCAAGCGAGCCCGCGAGCGCAACCUUCGGCAGAGCGAGAUGGAACAAAAGUUGAGCGACCCCAACCAAAACGCGGCGAGGCGCGAACAGAUUUGGCAGAACGGGGGCAAGAAGGAGGGUCGGUACCUGCGCUUCUUGCGCACCAAGGACAAGCCCGAGAACUACGCCACCAUCAAGAUCAUCGGCAAGGGCGCUUUUGGUGAGGUCAAGCUGGUGCAGAAGAGGGCCGACAACCAGGUGUACGCCAUGAAGUCGCUCAUCAAGACGGAAAUGUUCAAGAAGGACCAAUUGGCCCACGUGCGGGCCGAGCGAGACAUUCUCGCCGAGUCGGACAGUCCCUGGGUGGUCAAGCUGUUCACUACGUUCCAGGACGCCAACUUCCUCUACAUGUUGAUGGAGUUCUUGCCUGGUGGAGAUCUGAUGACUAUGCUUAUUAAGUAUGAGAUCUUCUCGGAGGACAUCACACGCUUCUACAUUGCCGAGAUAGUGCUCGCCAUCGAAGCUGUGCACAAGUUGGGCUUCAUCCACCGUGACAUCAAGCCCGACAACAUCCUUCUCGACCGGGGCGGCCACGUCAAGCUGACUGAUUUUGGUCUGUCCACUGGCUUCCACAAGCUUCAUGACAACAACUACUACCAGCAGCUUCUUCAGGGCAAGUCAAACCGGCCGAGAGAUAGGAGCUCUGUGGCCAUUGACCAGAUCAACCUCACCGUCAGCAAUCGUGCCCAGAUCAACGACUGGAGACGGUCUCGAAGAUUGAUGGCGUACUCGACCGUCGGCACUCCGGACUAUAUCGCCCCGGAGAUCUUCACAGGCCAUGGAUACUCGUUUGAUUGCGAUUGGUGGUCCCUGGGCACCAUCAUGUUCGAGUGUCUUGUCGGCUGGCCCCCCUUCUGCGCCGAGGACAGCCACGACACUUACCGCAAGAUCGUAAAUUGGAGGCAGUCGCUCUACUUUCCCGACGAUAUAACACUGGGUGUUGAGGCCGAGCAUUUGAUCAGGAGUCUAAUCUGUAACACGGAGAACCGACUCGGCAAACAAGGCGCUCAGGAUAUCAAGGCCCAUUCCUUCUUCCGGGGAGUCGAGUUCGACAGUCUGCGCCGCAUAAGGGCGCCGUUCGAGCCUCGCCUGACAUCUGCUAUCGAUACCACGUAUUUCCCGACCGACGAGAUCGACCAGACGGACAACGCGACGGUGCUCAAGGCCCAGGCCAUUGCUAACGGCAAGGCUGUGGAGGAGACGCCCGAGAUGAGCUUGCCCUUCAUCGGUUACACAUUCAAGCGGUUCGACAACAACUUCCGAUGA